CCCGCGCCCGCGCCCCGUAAUAUCGUAGUUUCUUCGGUUGGGCAACGUAACUGCCACUCGUCUCGAAUGAUUUCACCUUGCGAUGAAUGAAAAUAAUAAUCUCGGUGAAAAGUCGCUUAAAACUUUUAUCAUAUAAACUGAUAUACGUUACUAAACAGUGUUUGUGCUUGUGAGUUCUAAAGGUGGAUUCGUGGUGUAAGUGAUAAUACCAGUUCUUCCUUUAAUUGUGAACUACAACGUCUACAACUCAUGUUUACGUGCUGAAAUACGGCACAGUGAAAACUUGGACAUCUUCGCGUAUUCUGAAUCGCCCUUUAAUGGGAUCUUGUUAAUUUACAGGUGUUGAGAGAAGCGCGGCAGAAUGCCGGAGGGAGUGGCCAAAGAUGGCAAGGAGGCCAAGGCGAAAGCUAAGGAGUCGCCGAAACGCCGCACCAACCUCGCCAAGAUAAAACUCGAGCUGCUCGACGGGUCGGCUAUGGAACUUGAGGCCGAUAGAAAAAUCCGCGGUCAUGAUCUACUUAGCAAGGUUUGCGACAGCCUCAACUUGGUCGAGAAGGACUACUUCGGGUUGUUGUACGAGGAUCGAGGGGAUCCCCGUGUCUGGAUCGACCUGGAGAAGCGAGUUUCUAAGAUGCUGAAACACGAACCGUGGGCGGUGAGGUUCGCCGUGAAGUUCUACCCUCCGGAGCCGACGCAGCUGCAAGAGGAGCUGACACGGUACCAGCUCGUACUGGCCAUCAGAAAAGACCUACUUGAAGGUCGGCUUCCAUGCUCCACGGUAACACACGCGCUGCUCGCCAGCUACCUGCUGCAGUCGGAGCUGGGCGACUACGAGGAGACGGAGAACGGCGCCGGUCUCUGCAAACAGCUCAAGCUGGUCCCGCCCGCGACCUGCACGCCAGAGUUCGAGGAGAAGGUCGUCGAGCUGCACAAGACACACAGAGGUCAAACUCCGGCGGAGGCGGAGCUGAACUACCUGGAGAACGCCAAGAAGUUGGCCAUGUACGGCGUGGACCUGCACCCCGCCAAGGACUCGGAGAACGUGGACAUCGCGCUGGGCGUCUGCUCGUCGGGCCUCCUGGUGCACCGGGAGAAACUCCGCAUAAACCGUUUCGCGUGGCCCAAGAUCCUAAAGAUCAGCUACAAGCGCCACAACUUCUACGUCAAGCUGCGGCCGGGCGAGUUCGAGCAGUUCGAGUCCACGGUGGGCUUCAAGCUCGCCAACCACCGAGCCGCCAAGAAGCUGUGGAAGACGUGCGUGGAACAUCACACUUUCUUCAGGCUGAUGUCCCCGGAGCCGGCGGCGCGCAGCACGCUGUUCCCGCGGCUGGGCUCGCGCUUCCACUACAGCGGCCGCACGCACUACGAGUCCCGCGCGGCGCCGCCCGCCCGCUCGCAGCCGCACUUCGCGCGCACGCUCUCCUCGCGCCGCCUGUCCUCGCGCAGCGCCGACGCGCUGGCCUCGGGCGACAAGGAUGAGCCGAUGCCACCGGAAGCGACCAAGCGCCACACGAUGCCGCCGCAGCCCGCGCCGCGCCCCGCCCUCAAGGACAAGAAACCGCCUCCGGGUGCGGUUAAGGUGAUGCCGACAGCGCCGAUGGACAAAAAGGAAGAAAUGAAAUUCGCUGAACGAAAACCUGCUGAAAAUGGCACCGAUACGACCAGUGAUCCUGGAAUCACUAACAAUGUUGAAACGCCGAAAAGAUCGAAGGGAGGUUUCGCGCUAUUUGGUAGCAGAAAAGAGAAAUCGCCCAAAGAUGAUAAAUCACAAAAGGAAAAAUCUCCCAAAACAAAAGAUAAAUCGGAUAAGUCUCCAAAGGAUAAGUCGCCGAAAGAUAAGUCGCCAAAAGAUAAGUCGCCAAAAGACAUUAAGAGCAAAGAUCCUAAAGCAAAAGUCGCCGUGCUCGAUACUUCCAACGACAGCUCGAACCUCGACAGUUCAGCUGACAGGAGUCCUGUGAAGGGUGAAGGAAAACCGAGUUUUACUAAACCAUACGAAUAUACAGACACUGAAAAGAGUCCGACUCGGAAACCGUAUAUCCAAGGUGCUUUUAGUUAUGAGAAAGAACCUAUUUCUGAUGAGAAACAAAGAGGCUUAGAUGACAAUCAGAGUCCUGGAACACGAAAGGCUGGACUUGCGUUUAACUAUGCUCCAGGAGAAGAUAAGAAAGUUGCCGAAAGUGCUGAAAAGAGGAAAACUCCAGAAGAUCUAAGUAAACUUAAAACACCUGGUAUUGAUUAUGUGCAGUCAGCUGCCUUGAAAGAACAAGCUAAAGUGCCCAAAUCUAACCUCAUAGAUCCAACACUUGCUUUAUUAGAUGCAGAACGAGCGCAUCACGAGACUCCUGUUGCUAUCGCGCCCGUUGUGGCGAAGACCGACAAUGAGAUUCAAGUUGUUAUUAUAACUGGUCGUUAUAAUCCUAAAACAAAGAAACUAGAUGACGCCAAUGGUACUAUUCUGGUCACAAAAGGAACACUAAACAAGGCGACUGGAAAAAUACAAACUGAAAAGGAACUGAUUAAUACUAAAUCGGGCCAAAUUAAUUAUACAGAUCCAGUAACGGCGAAACAAGAAGUGAAGAAUGGACACGUUGAUACAAAGAGUGGGCACAUUUUGUUUACGACUGGUGUUAUCGAUCCAAAGACUGGAAAAUUGGACCCAACAUUGGCACAACAAUAUUGUUUCGUAGAAAAAUUGGAAGAUAAGGUUGGGCCCAAGCCCGGUAGAGAAGUCGAUUUAGUUGUUAUUACAGGAAAGUAUGACGGAAAACAUAAGAAAUUGGAUGCUUCUCAUGGACAUGUUGAAGUAUCAAAAGCUGUGGUCGCUCCUGAUGGUACUAUCUCUUCUAAUUACGGUCUGAUUGAUCCACGUUAUGGAAAGAUCGACUACAUUGAUCCUAAGACAGGAAAACAAGAUCCCAAACAAGCUUAUGUUGAUCUGAAAACUGGCAAUCUUCUUGUUACAACAGGAGUAGUAGAUCCCAAAUCAGGCAAAGUUGACUCAUCAUUAGGACAACAAUUUAGUGUUGUUGAGAAAGAUGCUACAAAAGCGAAUAGAGAAGUAAGAUUAGUAGUAGUAACAAGUAAAUAUGAUUUGAAGAAUAAGAAGUUAGAUCCUUCAUUUGCUCAUGUCGAUUCAAUAAAAGGAGUUCUUAGUGGCACUGACGGCAAAAUCUACACAGAAUAUGGAAUCAUUGACCCAAGAACUGGUGAUAUUCAAGUUACUGACCCGAAAACAGGCAGUCAAGAGAUUAAACAUGCAACCGUUGACCCGAAAACUGGAAAUAUUCUCUUGUUAUCUGGUGUUAUUGAUCCUAGAACUGGAAAACUUGACACAACACUAGGACAACAAUACAGUAUUGUAGACAAACCGACAUCUACGUUUGCUUCGUUGCCCGGAAAGGAAAUACAAGUCGUUGCUAUCACUGGCAAAUACGACGCAAAGAAUAAGAAAUUAGACAAUCCAAAUGGGUUUGUCGAGACAUCGCAGGCCGUUAUUAGUAAUAAAGACGGCAAAGUCCAUAGCAAUUUCGGCGUGAUCGAUCCCAAUAACGGCAAAAUAUUCUUCACAGAUCCGAAAACUGGUAAACGGGAUUCCAAACAAGCCUCCGUUGAUCCUAAAAGUGGCAGUUUCCUCCUUACAUCUGGAGUUAUUGAUCCUAAAACUGGUAAAGUGGAUUCAUCUCUUGCUCAGCAAUUGGCUAUUGUUGACAAAGACGCCCCUAAAGGUAUACCUGAAAGACUGAUUAAUUUAGUUAUCGUCACCUCGAAAUACGAUACGAAGAACAAGAAGCUUGAUUUAACAAAUGCACAUGUUAAUACUAUACCGGGUAAAGUAGACGACGACGAUAAAAUACACACUGAAUUGGGAGUUAUUGAUCCAACUAACGGUCAAAUCACAAUCACGGAUCCUGUAACUGGUAAACAGGAAGUUAAGAAGGCGAUAUUAGAUACUAAAACAGGAAAUAUGCUACUUACAUCUGGUGUAGUAGAUCCCAAUACAGGUGUAGUUGAUCCCACUUUAGGACAACAGUACACAGUUGUAACUAAACCCAAAGAUACAUUUGCUUCUGUGCCUGGUAGAGAAGUUCAGUUGGUCAUUAUAACUAGUAAAUAUGAUCCGAAAUAUAAGAGACUGGAUAAUCCUAAUGGCCAUAUUGAAACUUCACGCGCUAUAAUUGCAACUGAUGGAAGGAUACAUUCAAACUUCGGCAUAUUAGAUCCUAAAACAGGCAAGGUAGAACAAAUUGACCCCAUUAGCGGAAAUCAAGAAGUAAGAAAUGCUGUUGCAGAUCCCAAAACGGGUAAUCUUAUUCUUACAACUGGCGUUGUGGAUCCCAAAACUGGAAAGCCAGAUUCAUCGUUGGCUCAGCAAAUAUGUGUCGUGGAUAAAGAUACCAAACCAGUGGAGAGAGAAAUUCAUCUUGUUAUUAUAACAACUAAAUACGAUCCGAAAGUAAAGAAAAUUGAUCCAAGUCAGGGCAUUAUUGAAACCGUCAGUGGCACAGUUGGCCCAGAUGGUAAGAUUCGUACUGAAUUUGGUACUGUAGAUCCUGCAUCUGGAGAAAUAACAGUCACUGAUCCCAAGACUGGCAAACAAGAAAUUAAGAAAGCUCAAGUUGACCCAUCAACUGGUCAUAUGUUAAUAACUAGUCAAGUGGUUGAUCCCAAAACUGGUAAAGUAGACCCCAAUUUGGUGCAACAAUACAGCAUUGUUAACAAACCAACAGUUCCUCAUGCAAAACCGAUAUCUCGAGGUGAGCUGCGUAUUGUUAUUGUAACAAGCAAAUACGAUCCAAAAACGAAGACCGUUGACGCCGGUGCUGGUACUAUAGAUGCUUCUAAAGGUUACGUUAAUACUGAAGAUGGAAAAAUACACACUGACUUCGGUAUUAUUGAUCCAAAAUCUGGUCAAAUACUUUAUAAAGACCCUAUCACCGGCAAACAGGAGCUUAAGCAAGCGGAAGUCGAUCCUAAGACGGGCAACAUUAUAGUAACCUCGUCUGUGGUAGAUCCUAAGACAGGCAAAGUUGAUCCUUCAUUCGCUCAACAGCUGGUUAUUGUUGAUAAGCAGAAUGUGUUGUCUAAAGUAGCGCCAGUGUCUCAGAGAGAUAGUUUACCCCCGGCCUCAUUAACUUCAUCACCUUUAAAGACUCCCACAUUUACGCCAGUCCAAACACCCUUACAAUCGCCAGUACGAACAUCAUCACCUGUAGUAGGUCAAUAUCAAAAAGCUUCACCGGUCACUACAGUUCGAGCCAUGUCUCCUACCAAACCAACAACUGCACCUCCAGAGCCACCCAGAAAGAAGAUGGUUAAAAUCAUGGUUAUCUUUACUAGACUCGAUCCUAAGACAAAGAAGCCGGACUUCCAUGCUGCUGAAGUUGAACAUCUAACCGGAGUUCUAGACCCGAGUGGGUUAGUUGAAACUAAAUAUGGUGUUAUCGAUUCUAAAAAAGGCAGCAUUGCUAUAACGGAUAUUGCAGGUCAGCGACAAACUAAGGAGGGAUUGAUAUUAAAUGAAACUGGUCAAAUAUUUAUUAAUUCAGGUGCUAUUGAUCCUAAAACAGGUAAAAUUGACUCUAAUAUGGGCAUGAUUGUAAGCAUUGCUAAACAAGAUGAUCCUGUAGUAGAAAUUACAACAAUAACUGGUCCCAUUGAUCAUAGAACAGGUAAGGUAAAUAUUGCCGACGGUGUCGUCGAGCAUACUAAAGGCAAAGUGGACGCCGAAACUGGAAAUAUUUCUACUAAAUAUGGUGUCAUCGAUCCUUCCAACGGUGUUAUAUUCGUAACAGAUACAUAUGGAGCUCAAGACACAAAAUCAAUCCAAAUUGAUGAGAAUAACGGUCAGAUAACUGUUAUUGGCGUCGUCCAUCCCAAGACUGGAAAAGUUGAUCCUGAAUAUGGACAAGUGCUUGUAGUUGGCAGUCAUAUCGAUCCUGUCGUCGAAGUUACUACUUUCGCAGGAAAGUUAGAUACUAAGAAGGGGGUUAUUGAACCUAAACAUUCUGUUAUUGAGAGCAGUACAGGGCAACUUAAUCCUGAUAAUAAUAAGAUUGACACUAAGUAUGGUCAAAUAGAUCUUGUAAAGGGUACAGUCACAUACAAUGAUCCAAAAACAGGUAGAUUUGAGAGCAAAGAACUUAAAAUCGAUCCUGUUACUGGGCAAUUUUUAUUACGAAGUGGGCAAGUCAAUCCUAAGUCAGGCAAACCGGACAAGGAUAUUGGCAGGUUGAUGUGUCUCAGAAUAAUACAAACUAAAAUAGAUCCCGUUUCUGGCAAGCAGAUUGUGUCUAAUGAUCCCAGAAAUGUUAAAGUCGACCCCAAGACGAACCAAAUAUGGAUCGCCGGACCAAAAGACCCGCUGACCGGAGAUGUUUUGUACACCGCGGGGCAAAUAGAUCCGAACACUGGAUACAUUGUUACUAUUUACGGUCGAAUGGAUCCUAAAACUGGUAAUAUUACCAGAGCAACAGACAUCGACAAAGCCCUUAUUAAAGUUGAUCCAGUUAACGGGCAAAUUUACACAGCGACUGGAGAUGUUGACGAAGAUAACCAACCUCUUUAUUCCGCUUCGCAAGUUGAUCCCGGCAGUGGAGAAAUAUACACUAAAGUUGGAAAAAUCGAUUCACGCACGGGCAAACUCAUCAUUAUUAAGAUUUACGUUAUCACCCAAAAAGAUGAGAAAGGUAGAGUCAAGGAGCUCGAUCCCAAGGAAUGUACAAUUGACGAAACUACGGGCAGAAUUAUUACAACUAAAACAGUGUACGUCUAUCAGAUCAUUGAUCCAAUCACUGGUGAGACCAUCGAUGUCGAUCCGGACGACCCGAGACUAAAGGGCGCGCGGACUACGGUCACUCAGACGAUGACAUUAUCAGGUAAGAUCGAUCCGAUUACGGGAAGAAUUAAGACGGAAUAUGGAGACAUUGACCCCGACACGGGAGAUAUCGAUCCGAGCACCGCCGUGAGAGAUCCUGUGACCGGACAGCUGAUAUUGCACUAUUCUCAAAUUGACCCCUCGCACUUCGAAGACAAGAGUGGUAACUACACAAUCGAAAAGGAAACUCACGAUUUACCCGCAAAUAUUGACAUUCAGACAGUAAACACGCAUAAGUUCUCAACGUUCGGUAAAGACGAGAGCCCGGCACGGGGAGACGAACCGAAAACCUUCACAGAGUACACGACGAGCGAGCACAUUCGGCAUCAAGGUUACGUGUCUUCCUCCACCCCCCUCUCCUCCAAGAUCCCGAUUUCGCAGCGAUCUAAGAAGACGCCGACGCCCCCUGUCGUCGUCAAAACGACGACGAAGCAGCUCCUCACGAAGAACGACGAGGGCGUCACGCACAACGUGGAGCAGGAGGUCGAGAAUCUCGGUACCGGGGAAGUCACUUUCUCCACCCAUACCAAUAAGGCGGAAAGCCUAGAGCCAUCGGAGGGAAAGAGUCCGUAUGUGACCGCGAGAGCGGUGACCACCCGCACGGCGACCACCCACCAUGACCUGGACACGCAGGCUAAGACUCAGCAGAUGGAGGAGCGCACUGUUGCGCAGACGCUCACCUCCUCCGCCACCAGGCAGGAGCAGAGGGUCCUGACCCAGGAAGUCAAAACUACCGUCACCACUGGCGAUAAGCUUACUAGACGCGGCUCAGAGAGUUCGCUGAGCAGCGGGGACUCUGGUACGCCCAUCGACUUGGAGGAGGGCGGAGAGGGACACUAUUACGUCACCGAGCCGGGCUCGUACCGCACCACCACCACCACGGCCGUGUCGGGCAACGCGCCCUUCGGCAGCAUGCUGCACGGGGCCACUGCCAGGAUGAGCGCGGGCCCGCAGCCCGAGGAGGGCGCGGCGGGCGCGGCGGGCGCGGAGGGCGCGGAGGGCGAGGUGGUGUCGUCGCAGACCAUCAGCUCCAAGACGCGCACCGUGGAGACCAUCACCUACAAGACGGAACGUAACGGCGUGGUGGAGACCCGCGUGGAGCAGAAGAUCACGAUCCAGUCCGACGGAGACCCCAUCGACCACGAUCGAGCACUCGCCGAAGCCAUCCAGGAAGCCACAGCGAUGAACCCCGACAUGACAGUCGAAAAGAUCGAAAUCCAGCAACAGAGCACGCAGCCCUAACUCACGACCGACCGCCAUCUUGCGAGUGACGACAAUUGAGUCCAAGAUGGCGUCCACACACGUGUCAAAAAUGCCUUCUGUACCAUGACAAUGUAAUCCGCUUAAGACUGCACGAUCUAUCGUCCGACGUCUCGCUUGCGAUGUACCGUCGGACGAUUUAUCGUGCGAGUCAGGCUUUCGGUGUUAUAAUGUAGCCAAGAUGGCGUCCUUUGUUUAUAAUUGUAUGUAUAUGGAGGUUACAUACGUAUAGGUUUAAGUGACGUCACUGAAAAUAUUAAUUAAAUAAGGUGUAGUCGAUUAAUCGUUGGAUUGAUCGAUUUUUUUAUAUGUCGAUGUUGUGUCGAAACGCACUUACGAUUAUUUUUUAUUCAAGUUAUAACUAUGCAAUGGAAAUUGUAUGUAAAAAUAUUGUAAGUUACAAUGCAGCAUUUUUUUCAAAGUUUUUACCAACUUCGAACGAAGGGGGUUCUAUUAUUAAGCUUAGGCUAAGCGAUACAGACUACUGGGCUUUUAGUACGAGUAAAUGUUGCCAUAGUGGAAAAAAAGUGUUCGUGUAUUUCGAAGGGUAAUUCUUCUAAAGUUUUUGAUAUUAGCUUUAAACAUGUCACACGACUUAGACCACCGUUAUUUAGAAUAAAAAGUAAAAAUAUUUUUCUCUCUAAAAUCUCAAACGACCAGAUUGUAGCGCGGGACUAAUUUAAAGAAAAAAAAAAAAAAAACUCGAUUGUCAAUUCAAACCAAUUCCGCGUAAAAAAACAUUGACAUAUAAUUUGUUUCUUUAUUAUUCAUAUUACCGGAUUUUUUUUUUUUUUUUAAUUAUAAUUUAAACACUGUAUGAGGUAUUUAAUUUGUUUUUCUUUUUUUUAUAUAUAAUAUAAUAUAAAUUAUAAGAGCAUAUUAUAUGUCUAUGUGAGUUGUUAUACAUGUUAAAAUGAAAUUGAUUAAAAUAUUGGCGGGAAUGUUGGGUUUGUAUGUGCAAUCGGGACCUAAAUAAUUAAAAAAUUAUAAAAUAUAAUUAUUUACGACAUGUUGCUAUAACUAUUUCUAAUAUUACACCAUUUAGGUGCUAUUUAGUAAUGUAAUUCUAUGUCUUGUGUGUUAGUGCCGUAUUUUUUUAAAUAUUUAAAGCUGGCAACGGGGAUACUUGGCUUUUCUUAAAGCGGCUUGUGCAAUGUAACCAUAAAAUUAUAGAUUUGUUACUGGUUCUUCUACAAAAACUAUAUAUACGUACUGUUGGAAAAUUGACCGUAUGGACAUACGUACAUACUUACAACAAGUCAUUCAAAGAUCAUAUAAAGUAUCAAUUAAAAUUUUAAACAUUUUUUUGUAAUUGUUUUGUUGCCUGUACUUUAAUUAAUUUUCUGCGUUUAAUCUACAAGCAGCACCAUGCAGCUAGUCUAUAAUAUUAGUCGGUUACGUUGAAGCUGAACAGCUUACAGUGACGUUAAGGGUCUUCACAAUUAUUACUAAGGCCAGGCGAGCAUUUCGUUGUAAUCACAAGCACAAAACUUAUUUAUUAUGCGAUUCGUCAUUUCGUCUCAAAACAUUUUAAGCUACGUCUAAAUGUUCUCUUAAAAGUCGAUCGUAUAAUAUACAUAUAUAAAUAUAUAAUUCAUCGCAUCAACAUUUUUUUUAUAUAUCCGGUACAUUCCAAUAUACCUGGUUUAUUUCAAUUUAGAAAUAAAAUCCCAUAGAUUAUUUUUAUUUUAUUUUUUUCCUCUAAAAUAAGAGUGUGUGUAUUAUCUGUGGGCUCAGAAUCAUAAACAGUAGAUUUUUUAAUAAACACGUAGGAAUUAUUUAUGUAGUAUUUAUUAUAUAGAUGUCAUUUUUAUUAUAAAAUAAAAAUGUACAAUUAAUUUAAAACAUUAGACUCGAUACAGUGUAGAUUGCAUGUUACGUUUUACAUUUUUAAUAUUUUUAAUCUGUAGCCGCCCACAGACUAAACUAAGACACUGAUGUACAAUUAUAAUUAAUAUAUUUCUUACGCUAGAUGUAACUUUUUGUAUUACAUUUAAGUUUAAAUCUGAUUGUGAAUCAGAAUGAUGUGUAAUUUCUCUUACUAUUAUUAUUAUUUUUUUAAUUAUAUGACAUUAUAUUUUAUUGUGAGUUCUUUAUACGCGUAUCGAUGGUUUAAAAUAAUUAUAUUAAAAUUCUCAGUGCGAAUUUAACAAUUGUAAGUACAGUCAGCAGCAAAAUACAUCUGAUAUCACAUUUUGUGAUUAUUUUUACUUUUUUUGGUAGUAGGAGUAUUUGUCUUAAUUAAUUCUAUAGCUUAUAAACAUUUCAUUGUAUAAAUGUAAAUUGUCAAUUUUGAUACAUAACUAUCAGAUAACGUUCCUACUAUCAAUGAAAAGUGUUUUUAUGUCGACUGUACGUAACACGUCUUGCGUUAUAAUUUUAUAUUUAUUGAAGAUGUUUAUUUUUGUAAGAGUCCCCAGCUCCGUAUUAUUUGAUAUUUAACGAAGUUAUGAAGUAACAGAUAUUACAAUAAAGAUGCUUUGUUUU